AAGACAACGGCCGUCAGGGAAUUCAAUGUAGGUGUGAAGUGUCCGCUCAGGCAUAUCUCCAUGAUUCUUUUGUUUUAUAACAUACAUUGUACACUCGUUUUUAUCGAGGUUCAAUUUCAUUUAAGAACUAACACAAUUUCAAUUUAAAAGCUUUCUACGGAUCCUCCUCGCAUUUAUUAAAAGGACGAGUCUUUAAACUUUCACAAUUCAUCAUGCAAUUAAUAUCUUUAAGAAAUGUAACCUAGCAAUAAAACAAUUAAGGUAAACUGUCAAUAUACCGACACAUGUUUUGUUCUAUGAAAUAACACUUAAGUAAAAUCAGUGUUGGUUUUUAGAGUUGUAAACAAUUUAUAUCUUCCUUAACGUUGUGUUGUACUGCAAUCAUGGAGAAUCAGGACUAUCUCAAUAAGGAUUGCCUGAGCUCGAUUAAAUGAAUAAUCGGAAAAGCCUGAAGGCAGUGUUUAAUGGAACAUCAACAAUGAGUGCUCGGUAACUUUUAUGAUAAAAUACUUUUGAUCGCAAAUCUUUGUCCACACUAUCUAAACCUUUUUUUCUUUGCAUUUAAGACAUUGAUGAGUGUAGAUCUGGUACAGCGAGAUGUAAUCACAACUGUACCAACACAGAAGGUUCAUUCAGGUGCUCCUGUAGAAGCGGUUAUACUAUAGUGAGUGACGGCAGAACAUGUUCUGACAUUGAUGAGUGUAGAUCUGGUACAGCGAGAUGUAACCACACAUGUACCAACACACAAGGUUCAUUCAGGUGUUCCUGUAGUAGCGGCUAUACUUUGGCGAGUGACCGCAGAACAUGUUCUGACAUUGAUGAGUGUAGAUCUGGUACAGCGAGAUGUAAUCACAACUGUACCAACACAGAAGGUUCAUUCAGGUGCUCCUGUAGAAGCGGUUAUACUUUAGUGAGUGACGGCAGAACAUGUUCUGGUAUGUUCUCAUGAAAUAAAAGUAUGAACACAGUUCAUUAGUAUAUAGGUUUGUUCAUGAAACAAUGGAAGAUAAUCAAAUUAACGACGUUAUCAGAAAGACAACGGCCGUCAGGGAAUUCAAUGUAGGUUGGAAGUGUCCGCUCAGGUAUAUCUUCAUGAUUCAUUUGUUUUAUAACAUACAUUGUACACUCGUUUUUAUCGAGGUUCAAUUUCAUUUAAGAACUAACACAAUUUCAAUUUAAAAGCUUUCUACGGAUCCUCCUCGCAUUUAUUAAAAGGACGAGUCUUUAAACUUUCACAAUUCAUCAUGCAAUUAAUAUCUUUAAGAAAUGUAACCUAGCAAUAAAACAAUUAAGGUAAACUGUCAAUAUACCGACACAUGUUUUGUUCUUUGAAAUAACACUUAAGUAAAAUCAGUGUUGGUUUUUAGAGUUGUAAACAAUUUAUAUCUUCCUUAACGUUGUGUUGUACUGCAAUCAUGGAGAAUCAGGACUAUCUCAAUAAGGAUUGCCUGAGCUCGAUUAAAUGAAUAAUCGGAAAAGCCUGAAGGCAGUGUUUAAUGGAACAUCAACAAUGAGUGCUCGGUAACUUUUAUGAUAAAAUACUUUUGAUCGCAAAUCUUUGUCCACAUUAUCUAAACCUUUUUUUUCUUUGCAUUUAAGACAUUGAUGAGUGUAGAUCUGGUACAGCGAGAUGUAAUCACAACUGUACCAACACAGAAGGUUCAUUCAGGUGCUCCUGUAGAAGCGGUUAUACUUUAGUGAGUGACGGCAGAACAUGUUCUGACAUUGAUGAGUGUAGAUCUGGUACAGCGAGAUGUAAUCACAACUGUACCAACACAGAAGGUUCAUUCAGGUGCUCCUGUAAAAGCGGCUAUUCCUUAACGAGCGACGGCAGAACAUGUUACGAUGAUGAUGAAUGCAAUGACAAAACCCACUUGUGUGACCAUAAUUGUUCAAACGCGGAAGGGGCGUAUAGCUGCUCAUGUAGAACAGGAUACUUUUUGGACACUAAUAAUCGCACUUGUUCAGAUAUAAACGAGUGUAGUUCCGGCACAUCGAGAUGCAACCACACAUGUACCAACACACAGGGCUCAUUCACAUGUUCCUGUAGAAGCGGCUAUACUUUAGCGAUUGACGGCACAACAUGUUCGGAUAAUGACGAGUGCGAUUCUGGAACAGCGAGAUGUGACCACACAUGCACCAACACACAUGGAUCAUUUAGUUGUUCCUGUAGUAGCGGCUAUACCUUAGCAAAUGACGGCACAACAUGUUCUGAUGCUGACGAAUGUAUUGUGAAAAAUGGUGGCUGUCAGCAUGCAUGUGUUAAUACAGUCGGCAGUUUCAAGUGCGAAUGUUAUGACGAAUACUACAGUCAAACAGACAUGCAGAGCUGCAAAGAGUGCCCAUCGAUCAACCAAUGUAAACUGAGGAAUUGCACAAAAUCAACUGACGUCUACUGCAAACAGUGCAACGAUUUGUUCUUCAAACUAUACAACAGUAACAAGGAGUGUCAGCGCAUGUGCGCAUGGAAUAACCACUACUGCUGGCCGGGAACCUGUGGUUCGGAUGGUUUGACUAUGCACUGCGUAUGUAGCGAAGGAUUUAGAAAGGUUUCUGUUAACGGAGAGGAGAUGGACUCUGGGGAAACAACUUGUCAACCAAACGAGCCACCACGAAUACGCAAAUGCGACGCAGUGGUCAUUGGUCCAAAUGGAGAAUAUAAAACGACAAGAGACCUGACAGAUCCAUCAGAAUGCAAGGAAUUGCGGAACAUAUAUGGACACUUUCAGCCAACUAUGCUGCAGUUCGAUUAUAUUGCGGAAUAUACAAUGUACAUUUUUAAGUAUAUGAAGCCUGCCUUCAUUGCUGAAUUCAACUUUGGAAUAACGGAUACAACAAUAUACAUCAACAAGCAGUCUGUUUCAGGGGCAAACAACACUUUUACAACAUACCAACAGUUCCAAGACAUUAACUCUAGUCAGUCCGUCAAAAUAUCACAACAUGAUGUAGACAAUCUCAUGCUAACUGAAGACAAGUAUACACUAGAGAAUGGACAAGCAGUCUGUUUAGUAUACGAGGCGAGAGCAGGCGGAUAUAUCAAAGCAAGACAAACCGGCCUAAGUGGUACUUUACUCGGCGCCGUGCCUUAUGAGAAAGUAAUACAACAAAGUAAUGUUUGCUAUCGGUAUGAUACUCAACCACCAGAACAUUGUUCAGAACUUUCAUCAUGUGAUUACGAGCCGUUGGUGCUUGAAAAAAGAAUAACUAGGUCAACAGCUCACCGUGUUGAGUUCAGCGGCUGGCAUGAUCCUAUUCCUGCUGGGGGACUCGCAAGCACGGCGUCAUCUAUCGAGAGCUUUGAAAUCCGUGUUAACGAAGUGAUUCCUUUAAAUGAGUCUUUAAAAGUAGAUUACACAAGAAAUAUUCAAAAUAUAAGAGUCAACAGCACGACAAAAACACUCGAUUUAAAUCUUGAUUCACAAGUUCCGAAGCUAUAUUGCUUGACGCUUGAGGUGAAAGAUUUUGCGGACAAUUCACGACACUGUCGACGCUUCGUCCUGUAUGAUAAUUCCUCGUCUAUUCGAACAAGAAAUAAAAAUGACUUAAAGUUCUCAUCUGCGUCACCUGAAACCAAUUCUACAUGGCAAUCAAAUGGCAAAGAAGUUUGUCUAAACUGGACAGACUAUUUCUAUAACGAUUUCUACAUAGAUAAUCCACUUUUGAACGCUAUCGACCCCGAUCCUUCCGGUCUUAUAACAGGUUCUUGCGAGCAACUUGCCGGCGAUUUACCAGUAACAGGCACUAUGAAUGUGUACGGAAUUACAAACGUCAAGGUCAAGUGGAGUUUAAACAAUGAAAACAUGUCCACCGAAAUAACUGUGGCCGAUAUAGGGAACCAAUCAUAUUGUUCAUCUCUAGACAUUCAAGAUGGGGACAUUUAUAAAUGGUAUGUUACCGUAACUGACAUAGCUGGGAAUGCAUACAACGACGCUCGGGAGUUGAAAGUCGACACAUCUGCCCCAUAUCUAGGAGAUAUUAGAAUGAGGAAGCAACGGAAUGGAAAUACGCUUGUUCACUAUAUUGCAGAUUUGUCAACUAUUAUUUUAGAGUUUACUGCCCUCGACAACCACAGCGGAAUUUCAAAUUUACUUUUAGCAUUCAGUAGUUACAAAACGAAAACAGUGUUGUUUUCUUAUAUGAUUGACGUUCAACAGGUAUCAUCUGAAACGUGCCGUCGGGAUGCAAAAGAGAGUUGCUACUGUCCCGAUAUUAGAAACUGUGAGAUUUAUAAGUACAGUAUAGUUAUGCUUGAGUAUGAAAUCCAUUUCAAAGACAUUGUUAUACACAACAACGAGACAUACACCUUUAGUGUCACCGUCAUAAAUAACGCUGGUCUGGCAACCGUGAAAUAUAUCAAUGUUCUUGUGGACAAAACACCACCAGAAGUUGGCAAGGCUUAUAAGGAAUAUCGUGAACGAAAUGAUACAAAUGGAAAACUGGACGUUUAUUGGCAGGGUUUCAAUGACGAAGAAAGUGGAUUAGGACAAUACCGUCUAGGUGUUGCUACAAGAUGCUUGUCAAAGGAGGAAUUGUAUGAUAUGUCGCUUGCAAACGGUUCUACCGUUUAUAUAGACGUUCCGUCUAACGAAACUUCAGCAGAGAUAUUUGACACAUUCAAUUGUACGUCAUACGUUAGUAUAAUUGCAAUAAACAACGCCGAUGAACCCUCGUCAGUGGUUUGUAUUGAUGGAAUUGCUAAACCGGACAGAGACGAGUGUACAGAUAAGACACCACCUGAUGUUGGCAAGGUUUAUAAAGAACAACAUGAAAGCAAUGGUACACAUGGGAUACAAACAUUUGUUGCCGUUUACUGGCAGGAUUUCAACGACAAAGAAAGUGGAUUAAGACAAUACCGUCUAGGUGUUGCCACCAGAUGCUUCACAAAGGAGGAAUUGUAUGAUAGGUCGCUUGCAAACGGUUCUACCAUUUAUAUUGACGUUCCAUCUAACGAAACUUCAGCAGAGAUAUUUGACACAUUCAAUUGUACGUCAUACGUUAGUAUAAUUGCAAUAAACAACAUCGAUGAACCCUCGUCAGUGGUUUGUAUUGAAGGAAUUGCUAAACCGGACAGAGACGAGUGUACAGACAAGACACCACCGGAUGUUGGCAAUGUUCAUAAAGAACAGCAUGAAAGAAAUGGUACACAUGGAAUACAAACCUACGUUGCCGUUUACUGGCAGGGUUUCAAUGACGAAGAAAGUGGAUUAGGACAAUACCGUCUAGGUGUUGCCACCAGAUGCUUGACAAAGGAGGAAUUGUAUGAUAGGUCGCUUGCAAACGAUUCUACCGUUUAUACAGACGUUCCAUCUAACGAAACUUCAGCAGAGAUAUUUGACACAUUCAAUUGUACGUCAUACGUUAGUAUAAUUGCAAUAAACAACGUCGAUGAACCCUCGUCAGUGGUUUGUAUUGAAGGAAUUGGCAAACCGUACAGAACCGAGUGUACAGAGAAGACACCACCAGAUGUUGGCAAGGUUUAUAAAGAACAGCAUGAAAGAAAUGAGACGACAAAUCCUACCAAUAUGGGUUUGACAGUUUCUCUGUCUAUAUCCGGAACAAUAGUUGUUCUUUGCGUGGUGGUCGUUGUGUUUCUUGCAAUAAGGAGAUAUCACUCAAAGGCUGGGACAAGGCUGGAGAAUCGCGUAUCCUACAAGACAGGAGCUGUUUCAUUCGAAAGGCUUGGGGAGACGAAAGAUUCGACCUUCGAGAACCCUGAGAGCCAAUAUAAUUCUUCAUCGGGAGUCGCUGGCGAUCAGGCAGCAUUAACAGUAAACGCCAUGGAGAAUCCCAUAUACAACACGCAGUUAAUGUCAGAUAUCACACAACUUUAACUUUAAGGCAGCAAAGCUACAUCUACAAAUUAACUUAAUUAAAGUUUUUAAGAGCCUGAAAUACGUACAUAAAAUUAAAGUAUGACAUUUUAUAGUGUUCUUAGCCUAAAUAAUAUGUUCGCGUCAUUCUAAUAAAUGUGAGCAUUAUAUUAUUUCCGUCUCACAUAUAUGUUAUAUUAUUUGUUUUCAUUCAGCUUAGCAGAACCGGAAUGCAAAAAACGCUUAUAUUAAUGUAUAAGUGUAUUGUUUAAUUACAAAAGGCUAUGCAUAUCAUCACCUACAUUUCCCAUUGAUACAAACAAAGAGAAUUAAUACUGCUUAGUGUUAUUGAACUCAAAUGUAAUGAUUUAAUGACAUAAUGCUUCGAAAGGGAUAUUUCACGUAUGUUAUACAAUUAAUGACCAAAACGUAAGUUUAAUGAUUUGUAUUAAAGCCUUUAUAUCCAAUAUUUUUUUUCAGGAAAUGUAGCCAUGUGUAUUAUUAUGCUUUCAAAUUAAGAAAUGUGUUCUAUUACGAUUAUGAAUAGACUAAAAUAUGCACACCUACAAAGUAAACUGUUGAACGCACUGUCCUCUUGCUAUCGCAUACUUUUAAAUAGAUAUAUUUAUCUAUAUUUACAAAUAUUUUAAUUUUGUAAUUCGCCAAUGAUUUCUCCCUUUUUUAAUAGAUUGUGAUUUUUGUUUUGAUUUCUUGUUCACAUGUGAAUGUAUACAUUUUGAUAUAUGUACACUCAUGGACAUGAUGUAUGUAUGUUUUGUUAAUUAUCUGUCUAAACUCUCUAUUUCGGUAUUGACAACGGUACAAAUAAAACGGAUACAAUAUAUACUCGUUCUAAUAAAUGCAAAA